UGCCGGUCUGUCUGCGUGGGAUGGGCGGCGAGAGAGCAGGGCCCUCGGCGCGGGCUCCGUCCGUUCACGCGUUCCGACACUUUUGCCCUUUUUGGAAUUGCCGUAAGCUGCCCUUUGAUCAAUGGCAAGGCAAGGAAGAGAAAAUGGAAGGCAACAGCUCCCUUUGCAUACAGCGUUGGUCUACCAGACAUGUGGCCAAGUGGCUGAAGCAAGAAGGCUUUUGUGAGUAUGUGGACAUUUUGUGUGAUAAACACCGGCUGGAUGGCAUCACGCUCUUGACUCUGACGGAAUAUGACUUGCGGUCCCCUCCCUUGGAGAUCAAGGUUUUGGGGGACAUCAAGCGGCUGAUGCUGUCCAUACGGAAACUGCAGAAGCAUCACGUGGACAUUUUGGAGGAGCUGGGCUACAGCAGUGAGACCCCCAUCGGGUCCCUGUCCCCCGUGAUCGGCUGCGUCCAAGGCAGGGAAUGGUUUUGCAAUGGCGAAGUGCAGCGGGACUGCGAUGACUGUGAACCUGUGUCGGAGUUGAGCGCUGAGCAGUAUCAGUACACCAAUGGGAAAGGCAAGCACUCUCCGAGGACGCUGAACCCUGAAUAUUGGAAGACGGCCUUGAGCUGCAUAUAUGUCUUCAUUGUGUUUGGCUUCACCUCCUUCGUCAUGGUCAUUGUGCACGAGCGGGUACCCGAUAUGCAGACCUACCCACCGCUACCAGACAUAUUCCUGGACAGUGUCCCUAGAAUCCCAUGGGCUUUUGCCAUGACUGAAGUAUGUGGAGUGAUCCUCUGCUACAUCUGGUUGCUGGUUCUCCUCCUUCACAGGCACAGAUCUAUCCUUUUGCGACGACUAUGCAGCCUGAUGGGAACUGUGUUCUUGUUACGUUGUGUAACCAUGUUUGUGACCUCACUGUCGGUGCCCGGACAACAUUUGCAGUGUUCUGGAAAGUUAUAUGGCAAUGUGUGGGCAAAACUUCAGCGAGCCUUUGCUAUUUGGAGUGGAUUUGGCAUGACGUUAACAGGAGUACACACCUGUGGAGACUAUAUGUUCAGUGGCCAUACUGUUGUCCUGACUAUGCUGAAUUUUUUUGUUACUGAAUAUACCCCAAGAAGCUGGAACUUUUUGCACACGUUGUCUUGGGUGCUGAAUCUGUUCGGGAUCUUCUUCAUUUUGGCUGCUCACGAACACUACUCCAUCGAUGUCUUCAUUGCCUUCUACAUCACUACGAGACUCUUUCUGUACUAUCACACACUGGCAAACACAAGAGCCUAUCAGCAAAGCCGGAGAGCCAGGAUCUGGUUUCCCAUGUUCUCCUUUUUUGAAUGCAAUGUCAACGGUACAGUCCCAAAUGAAUAUUGCUGGCCCUUUUCAAAGCCAACCAUAUUGAAAAGGUUAAUCGGCUAAAAAACACCUAGCUUAAGUCACAUCUUAUGAAGUACCUGCAACUAACCUUCUUCAAGAAACGCUAGGCAGGAAGGCUUGUUUUCACCCACAGCUUCUCCUCUGGCCUUGUUCAUCCUCUCCUAGCUUACAAGGUUCAGAGGAGACACAUUGCCAUUUUUUAAAACAACAACAACAACAACAACAAUGUUCAGGCAAAGUUGUUAAGCUGUAACCAAGUUCUGCAUGGAUGUGGUGAGGUGAAACGGCCAAUUUAGCAAAUCUUAUAGCUUUCUUAUUGGGAGGAUCUUAAAUUGAUCUUGGCUGCAGGAAUAACUUCAGAUCCAGGUACUACCUGAGCGGCUUUGGGGCCUGUUUGCACAUCAUGGGUAACCAUAAAUAGCUGAGUAUUGACUUUCUGGUUUGCACCCUUGUAGAUGGCCCUUGACUUUGGGGUUGAUUCUGCUCAUGACUUAUUAAGCCAUUUUGAAUGGUAGACACACGUUCGAAGGCAAGACUUAGAGUCCAGAUGGAACUAAUAGUAACAGUCUAAGAGCCGCUUACGUCCUGCAGUUGAACAGUAUGUUUCAACAUGAAAAAAUGGUGAACAAGCGAGCGAUGGAACGGCCUUGGUCAGAUUGCUUGUGGAAAGCAAUAAUGCGUGCAAGUAUGGCUCUGGUAGGGUGCAUUUGUGCUUAACUAUGUAAUGCUUAAAUGUGAUGUGCACGCACGUAUGUCGUACCUUGAACAAAUAUUAAUACUGACAAAAAAGGUCAGAGUCGUUCAGUAAUUGGCUCUCAAUAUUUAUUUUAUCAAAUAAAUGAGUUGGGGAACAUUCACCCAGGGACAUAAGUUUUCCAAAGCCUCCAGUAUGAAAAAUAUACUGUGUAUUAAUAAAAGGGGCAAACUUAGCAUUUCUGGUGAACGAUGCUAAAACUCUGAACAGGCUUAACUGACUUUUGAUAAACGAAUUAAUGCCGUUGUGUCCUCCAGAGGUCCCGAGUGUUUACAUUUCAUUAAACCGGUAAGAAAUACAUGAGAAAUGAGGUUGAUUGAGAUUUUGUGCCACAACUCUUUCAAGUGCAGUAUUAAACACUUAUUUAAAUCAGUGCAUGCUUUUUACACAUUGACGUUUAGGGUAGUAAUCCUGUUAAAUUAGGAGACAAGCUAAUAAGUUGAAUAAAGGCAUGGGGGCAUCUAAUUGGAGUUUUGCUUGAAGCACAUGGGUGAUGCACUGAACUCUGGUUUGGGAUAGAUGCCCAUUUCCUUCCCCUUCACUGGUAGUCUUCAAAAAUAUUCAACGCUGAAAAAGUUGAAAUUUAAUUAGCUAUUUGAGAAACUUCUGAGAUGCUUCUUGGUGGAGGUUAAGCGAUGGAAGUUUGGUGGUUUCAGUCACUGUCACUUUUUUUGAUGAAUGGACCGAUGGCCGAAAGUAAGAAAACAAGCAAAACACUUGGCACUUGGAGCUCCUGGCAACCCUCCUUAUUUUUUCUCUCUCUCUCUGAAACCUACCUUUCACAAAAGUUAUUCAGAUUUGUUCUUGAUCUUUUAAACCAUCCACUCAGUUUAAAGCUGAGAGUCCCAAUAGCCUAAAAAUGGGGAUAUUUUUUUUUUGGUAUUAUCUGGUUAUUUUAAAUCUGGAAUGCAAGGUUUGUCUUUUCCGUUGUACAAAUUAAUAUGUCACUGUUUGAAGUUGUCUGCAGCUGGAUGUCCAUAUAGGUUAUUUGUAAUCCGUUUUUAAUUUAGAUUUUUAAACUUGACAGUUUUGAAAGUUGUGGUCAAGUCAGUUAUAUAGUCUUAGUAACUUCAUAGAGGGCAGUGAAUUUCACUGACCCAAAAUAGUCCAUCUGUUCUUUUGGUUUUGAAUACUUUUUCAACUAACCAAAACUGAAUUUUCUGGUGGAGUUCAGAUGACUCAACAUAGCCUAGUUGCAAUCUUUACCCAGUGCUUCCUCCUGAUAGCUAAAUUAGUCCAGUUUCACAAACAGAGAACUUUUUCCAGAGUUGUAAAUUGGCAGGUAAGAGACAGCAAAUGCAUUUUUGAUUUUGUGCUCUGAGAGAUUAAUUUCAGAGAUUAAUAUUGGUAGGCAUAAAAAUGCAGGGGUUCACUUCAAAUUUCAAGAAAUCUUAUCAAAAAAAUAUACUGAAAUAAUGUUAAGAGCACCUAAAAGAUUAUUAAUCUAUACCUUAGAAGUAUUUUCACCCCAGAACAUUGUAAAUAUUUCUAGCAAUAUUUAAUAUUGCCCCACUAAUACAGUAUUCAUGUAAAGGUCUUCUUUGGUGUCAUUUCAAGAUGAAGUGAAACCAAAUCCUUGAAGAGAAUAGAUUGCUUUCUUUUUCACAAAUUCCAGAAUGUUCCAGAGAAUGCUUGAAACCAGAUUCUUUCUAUAAAACGAUUUUCAUGCACAUUGGUCUUUAAUUUGCAUAAAUCCAUUGCAUAAAGGAAUUAGGCAGGGAGGUCAUCUCCCAAUAUAUUGAAAUAUAGCAUGAGGUGUUGUUUUUUAAAUUUAGAAAUACGAAGCAGUUGUUUCUAUCAGCUGAAGUGGCAGGUGUCUACGGUUGCAGCCCAUGGGGUGAACAAUAAAAUGGGAUAGUUUGUUGCAUUUUGAAGGCAACGAUAUUUCACCUCUGGUUUGGCCUGUCAGGAAAAAUUAAAAUGAUUUUUUUCUUCGCCCUGUUCGCAGCGACGUGACUUUCAGUGUUUACCUCAUCUUUCCUCAAUAGCAAACAUACAAAAUGAGUCUUCUUCGAAGCACGCGUUUUGUCGGCUGCUUAAAACAAAUCUCAGUAAAAUGCAACUGGGAAUGCCAGAUAGAAGCAGCCAGUCCCUCAGUUUACAGAUGCCCUUGUUGAGGGAGCAGGGCUUUGUCCGUCAAAAGUAUUCUCAAGUUUACAGGCCCAGGUCUGCAGUAUUAUAUGGCUGGUGUGCCUGGAAACGAGGCAACAGAAGCGUUGAUUUGGGAGCACAACGUACAGGAGCAAAACUGAAUGACCCUCUGUAGAAGGAGUUUUGAUGACCCUUCUCUAGCUGGGCAGGGCCAUUUCAAUCUUCAUCAGCACCUUCCUUGAUGGGACACUUUCCCAUUGAGAGAAAACCGUACAGAGCAGGGGUCUCCCAACUUUAAGACUUGUGGACUUCAACUCCCAGAAUUCGACUCUGGGAGUUGAAGCCCACAAGUCUUAAAACUGCCAAGGUUGGAGACCCCUGGUACAGAGAAUCCGGCCUCUUCAAGUCUUAACUAAUUUGUUGCUCCUAACCUGACCAACGGGCAACUUUGAGAUAAUUUCUCAUUUUCCUUAUAAUUGUAUAUGCACUU